AUGUUUUUGAACUUCUUGGACAACUCCCUACCAAGAAUACAAUGGAUUUGGAAUUGCGUGGGUGCCUUUUUGUGCUUCAAGUUUGUGUUGGAGGACCCACAUCACUGUUGGUAUUUGUAUUUCCUCUACGUCUACCCCUACCUGCAGGAAAAGGGAUAUUUGCUCUCCCAAAUGCAAAGACUCUUUUGGUACUUCUCUUUGUUUUGUUCCCUCAGCUCCCCUCCCUUCGCAACAACAAAAAAUACAGGGGAAAGGAGCUUGAAGAAGAACUGUUAG